AGCUCACAUACUUUAAGAGAUUGUUUCGUGUCUUGAAACCUGUUCCCCCAAUCGGCUGGAAUCUCCCGAUGCUGAUUUCGAAGCGGGCACAAAAUCUAGAAUCCACCCAGACUUCUUGUUAAUGAAAGAUGCCACUGAUUCGCACAUCCUCCAGGCAAGCGAAUUGAUAAUAGUUCUAAUUGAGUCUGAUCGAUAAACAGAGUGCGUACGCCCUCGAAAAACUGGAUCAGGAUCAGUACGAUCCGACACAAUCAUUUCCCCCGUGCUGGGAUCUACAGAUGUCUUAUAAAAGUGACAUCUGAGCUCACUUGUAUUCUUUAAGCACUUCUUGUCGUCUAAUUCCUGGCUGAAAAUGAAUUCGACCUGGUGGAAGAUGGUUUCAAAUAAUUGAAAGACAUUCUUAAAGCUGUUGUUCACCACGUAUAAGCUUCUCGAGUAUAAGCUUCUUGAUAGGGCCAUGUAUUUCUUCAAGAUUCCUCCACCCACCUGGAUAGCUUGUCCGGUAUAAGGGUGAUCCUUCUGUACAUGUAGAUCUAGUUCAUAGUUGGUGUGGAAUUUCCUUGAGCACUGGGGACAAGUCUUGUCAUUGUACAUGGUCAUAUCUGGUACUUCUCGCCAACGUUUAGGGGGAGGAAUAGCUCCAUCCGAUGGACGUUUGAGGCUGAAAGUUGAGCGAGUAGCAUUGUACACGGGUGAAAUGAUACUUUUUGGGGUAAACUGAGACUGGGGUAAUCUGAGUUUGGGAUAAUCUGAGAUUGGGGCAACCCAAUACUGGUAAACUAAGGCUAGGGUAACCUAAGACUGUGAUAACCUAAGACUGGGGUAAUCUGAGACUGGGGUUAACUGAGAUGUGGAACUGAGACUGGGGUAAUCUGAGACUGGGGUAAAGUAGGACGAAGAUAAACUAAGAUUGCGGUAGUCUAGGACUGAUAUAAACUAAGAUUGUGGUAGUCUAAGCCUAUGGAGGUUAGGUUACGUAACAUCUCGGUUCCCCAACUCGUCAAUGCCAUAUCCGUAGCGCUUUACGUUGCGGAGAAGGUUUGUGCAAAUCCUACCUAUAGUGUUGGACAUAACAUAUACAUACCUACUACUAUCCACCCGGCUAAACUUACCCAUACUUACUACUGCUACUUAUAAUAAUAAUAAUCUCAAGUUUCUCAUUACCUGUUUUUACUCGUACUCGCAAAUGGUUCAUCUUCUUGCAUUACCUCUACAAAUUUUGAACAUUCACUUACACUGUGAGAAUCUUGACACUUCUUUUCUUCUUCUUCGUCAUUUCUUAUUAAAUUGACAACUUCUUCACAUACACUUACACAAUGAGGACCAAAACAAAUGUUACAUAAUACACUGUGUAUUUUGAAACACUUAUUACACAAUAUUUCACAGUUGUGAGGUAUCAAAACUUCUUUAUUACACUGCACACAAGGUUCGACAUGAUUAUUUCUUAUGUGAUUUUUGAUAUUACGAACAGUGUCACAUUUUUCUUUGCACAAUGUGCAUUGAUAUCCACCAACCACAAGAGCUACGUAGUGUGAGAUUCUCAUCUUGAGACUGUAACGAAGAUCAAAAACCGACUGACUAGCUCUCCAGCAAACGUUUUAUUAAACGUCAGUGCCACUCCGCCGGUGUUCGUUGAAAUUGUUUAGCUAUUGUAACCCUUCGCUUCUCACCAAGCAAGACUUUUUUGCAAAAUAGCUCAUAAAUUUUUAACCUUCUUGGCAUGACAUUCAAAAUAAUUUGUAGCUUGCUCCAUAAACGUCAAACGUUUUUUUUUAAACGUCAGUGCAAGUGCACGUUCGCUGGUGGUCUUUGAAAUUCUUUACUUAUUGUAACCCUUUUCCUCAUUUCACCAUGCACGACUUUUUUGCACAAACGGAUCAUAAAUUCUUAACCUUCUUGACACAACUUUCACGAUAAUUUGUGACUUGCAUCAUAAACGUCGUAAUAAACGUUGAUGCACUUUUUACGCUUCCUUGCAAACAUUAUGACCACCCUUUCAUCUUCGUGGAAAUUGUGUCAAAAACUUUAACACACUUUUUACCCUUCCUUCUAAACAUUAUGACCCCACGUCAUAUUGGUGGAAUUUGUGUCUUGUCUCAGAAAUGAUGACACCCUUUUUUACCCUUCCUUGUAAAGAUUAUGACCCCUCAUCUGGAUGGAAUUUGUGACUGGUGUCAUAAACGUAGAUGCACUUUUUUACCCUUCCUUGUAAACGAUUAUGACCCAUCCUCUUUGAUGGAAUUGAUGCCUUGUCUCAUACACGAUGAUGAACUUUCUACUCUUUGUUGAGGGAAUAUGGGACAAUAAUGUUUACAACGUUAUUGUCCCGCAUUCUUGGAACUUGUAUAACAGACGCUGAUGCAUGUUUUAUCUUUCCUUCUUACAAAUUGUCGCCGUUCAUAUUCCUGGAAAUGUAUAAUAAACGUUGAUGCGUCAUUCUCUCACAACUUUGUUCAGUAGCUAUUUCUGCUUCUUGCCACAAACUCUUCCACUCUCUCAAAAGUUUUUAAAAAAUUACCAACUUUUUUAAAGUUCCAAACUUUAAAACUAAAAGAAAAUCAACAUGAGCGUCAACUUUUUGUGCACCCCCGACACGUCGGCUGAGCAUCCGUUCGAUUACGAAAUCUUUGAAGAAACUUCUUCGUAUUACUGUUCCAAUUUCAUGUGAGCAUGGAGGAGUUCAUGAUUCUGACGAGAUCACUUCGUAAGGAGAAGCCCCUCGACCGGAAUCUCCAAAAAAUCUACGAUGACCUCUUGCCAGUAAUGUCUCUACGGAGCUUGGAUAAUAAAAUUGCGCGAAUGCUCCACUCCUGCCAUGAUGUGGAUUUUUUCCGCAGCGUGGUGAAUGCAGGUAUCUUGGGAGGCGGUCGAGCCAAUUCAAUCGGAUUGAAUAUCAUCAAGGGGCUGAAGCUGCGCUAUCGGAAGGAAUUUACCCGUCAUAAGGCUUGUCUCCAACAGGGUCUUCCUCUCUAUGGCUAUCGUGCUCCGUGGAAUUUUGGACAAGACGCUGGAGACUUGCACCCCCGUCAACUCGACUUUUUUGCAGGCACCAGAAAAAUCCCACCCCACGUCACUUUUGUCCCGACCUGGGCUUAUAAUGUGGACAUCAAGGAGGAUCGGCCCCAUUUUAGAGGUGAUCCUUCUUUCAUGGUUCAAAUUGCUCGUACUCCUUCAAUCAGGAUCAUUGCAAUUUUGCUUAACUUUCCUCUCGCUUAUUUGCAUAUCAUGAAGCAAAAAAAUGUUUCUUACAAUGAGUAUGGAUUACUCAUUCUUGAUCGGGAUUCCGGGGCAGGGGUUUACCAUAACCCAUCUCAUAUACAGAGGGUUUGUUCCGCAGCUUUCGUGCGCUUUGUGGCAGAUAGCGCCGCUGCAUGUUUAAAGCAGAGUUUCUUUAUCAGCGAUGCUGGGAAACUUUCUGGGAAGCCUCACAUUUUCCCUUACUUAAGACCCACUUUUGCAGGAACGGGAAGAGCGCUUGCUCUUUGGAUUGAUGCUUUCCAAUCUCGGCUUCUGCUGAAGGGGGAUGUAAUUGACGCUCUGAAAACUUUUUUAAGGAUAGAUAUGAACAAGGUGCUGUUCUUCGGGACAGUAUCUCAAAAAAAUAUUAUUUCAAAUCUUCCUCGCUUGAUAGAAUUUUGGAACAUGUCUGGACUAUUACUCGUGUCCCUGAUCGAUGCAAUGUCGUCAAACUCUUUGCUUUUGAGAAUGACAUUCCAGCAUUUGGGGUACCCCCUCCUCCCCCUCCUCCUCCACCUGCUCGGAGGAGGAGAGCUUCUCCACCUACAGCUUCGCGCCGCUCUGAGCGCAUCAAACAACGGAAACUUGAUGCAAUGAUGGAAGAAUGUGCAAAAACUUAUUGAAAACUUUCAACUAUUCUUCCUUCAUUAUUUUUACAAAACUCCUUGACAUGAAUCUCAAAAUUGUAAAACCAUUAUUUUCCAUGAUUUUUGAAAAUUUUUAGCAAAAG